GCUGACCUCUUGGUUUGCAGCCAAACGCUUAACCACUGGCACCACCAGGGCUCCAAAUACUCCAAUAGAGGGAUAUAAAAAGUGUGGAAGAAAGAAUAAAAGUAAGUUAGAAAGCCAAGGUGUGCACAGUAAGUCAAGGGAACAGCAAAUACAAAGAACAAGUUUGGGACAAUGACACAUAGAUCGAAAUGGCUGGAGUAUAGGCUCUAGGGAGAGUGAUGGCAAGUGAGGCUGGAAGAUGAACAAUGUCCAGGUCUUGGAGGGUCGUAUAUGCCAUGAUAAUGACAUUGGACUUAGGCAUUGGGAAACCAUUGAUGGAUUUCAAGCCUAUGCAUGAGUUGAUCAGAUUUGCAUUUUAGAAGUAUAACAACGGCUUAUAUUCAUUGAGGGCUUACUAUGAGCUGAACACUGUGUGCCUUGUUGCAUUUAACAGAAAGAGCACUUAAACCAAUUUCCAGAGUUGAGAGCAGAGGUAAAUGUACUCGGGUUGAAGUAACCAGGAAAAUCUUCCAAGGUAAUGGACAUAGAGUAGGUAGGAUUUGGAGAGGGAGAGAAAGAGAGGCAGGCAAACAAGGUAGUGGAAAAUACAAGAGGGAUGCUGUUGUGUUGGGAAUCAACUUGUACUUAUGAGAAGGUGAGGAGACCUCUGAGUAGAACUGAGAUUGUGUCUUGUUUAUUGGCCAGUAAGGUUGAUUCUCACCUUCUACUGCCAAAAAUAUUUGCCAAUGACCAGCAAACUGUAACACAGAAACAGGGAAUCCCGUGAGCUCCAAAUAUGUAUUUGAAUUAUUGUUUUACAGUGAGCUAUAGCCUGAACAACUUCCAGAUAGCUAUUUCACCUCAGAUAUUAACAUCUUCUCAAUGUGUUUGUAAAAAUUCAUAAAGCUGUGGGAUUAGUUAAAGCCAUAGGACCUGACAGAAUGUAGAAACUUAAAUAGUUGAAGUAAGGAAAAUAUCAAAGAGACUCAUUAGAAAGGGAGAAAUACCAGUGAGAAUGGAAUUCUUGAGGGAGAAAUGGAGGAAACAAGGGAUUCAGGGGCAGAAAGAUGAUUUGAGAAUUUCUAGGACAAAAACAUGGUGAGAAAACAUUGAGAAUGGAAGAAACAUUACUAAUUUAUAUAAUAGUUAUUAGUGAUGAAAACAGUGAUUAUUUUUUUCAAUGUGGUAUACUUGAAAUAACAUAUGAAUUGGAAUACAGUGAUCAGCUCUAGUCCUGCAUCCAUUCCUUUAAGCUUCGUUUUUCUUGUUUGUAAUAUGGGGAUCAUGGAGUGUUUGUAAGGUUGUUUGAUUAGUGUCUUGUAUAGACUAUUAAACAGCAAAUGAAUAAAAAUUUACUACAUGACUAAAUACAUACAUACAGAAAUAAUUAAACCAGUCAGACAAUAUGUGUGGAAGAUUUCUAUAAACCACCAGGUGUUGAACACGCUAAAAAAAAAAAAAAUUAGAUUGGUUUAAUGAUUGCGUUUGUUUUGUCUCAAGAUUCUUCUCUCAGGUCCAUCUUCUCCAAAUGGAACUCAUGGCCAGUACAAAUAAUGUGACUGAGUUAAUUCUCACUGGCCUUUUCCAUGAUCCAGAGGUGCAGAGAGUGUGCUUUGUGGUGUUUCUUUCCGUGUACCUGGCCACGGUGGUGGGCAAUGGCCUCAUCGUGUUAACAGUCAGUGUCAGCAAGAGUCUACAGUCCCCUAUGUACUUCUUCCUUAGCUACCUGUCCCUGGUGGAGAUCAGUUAUUCCUCCACUGUUGUCCCUAAGUUCAUCACAGACUUAAUGACCAAGAUUAAAACCAUUUCCCUAAAGGGCUGUCUGGCUCAGAUAUUUUUCUUCCACUUCUUGGGGGUCACUGAGACCGUUUUGCUUGUGGUAAUGGCUUAUGACCGCUACGUGGCCAUCUGCAAGCCUCUUCAUUAUAUGAACAUUAUGAACCGUCAACUGUGUCAUGUACUAGUGGCUGGUUCCUGGCUGGGGGGCUUUUUACACUCCAUAAUUCAGGUUCUUAUCACCAUCCAAUCGCCCUUUUGUGGCCCAAAUGUAAUUGACCACUAUCUCUGUGACCUUCAGCCGUUAUUCAAGCUUGCCUGCACUGACACAUUUGUGGUGGGUGUCAUUGUAUUGGCCAACAGUGGCUUAAUUUCCUUGUGCUCCCUCGUCAUCUUGGUGUCUUCCUAUAUUGUUAUCCUGGUCAACUUGAGGAACCAUUCUGCAGAGGGGAGGCACAAAGCCCUCUCUACAUGUGCCUCCCACAUCACAGUGGUCGUCUUGUUCUUUGGACCUGCCACGUUCCUCUACUUGUGGCCCUCUUCUACUUUCACUGCAGAUAAACUAGUGGCUGUGUUCUACACAGUCAUUACCCCCAUGCUGAACCCCAUCAUCUACACACUCAGAAAUGCAGAGGUGAAAUUUGCUGUGAGGAGAUUGUGGGGCAAGAAGAAGAACCCAGUUGUGGAGAGAAAAUGGGCUAGUGAUAAAUAA